UACGCUCCGACUUCACAGCCGGCGAAGCCACUGUCCGUGACGUACGUGGCUAACUGGCGAAGUCGAUACCGUAUCGAAAACCUAAAACAAAAACGCAGGAAUCGAAAUUUAAACUAGAAAGUGUUGUGUUUACGCGCGAUUUUCCGCGCCGUACAGUGACAGUGUCAUCAAAUUCUUGUGUUUGUGGUCUGUGACUUUUUGUUUUUUUUUAAACUUUGGAUUUCGAAUUCCUGAUAUGGCAGCUCCGAAUCAUGUGCGAUCGGACAGAUUGCGGCAAAUGUUCAGCUGGACGACAGGAGAGACCUCGCCUCCGUCGCCGAUGGGUGACGAGAAAGAGUCCAAAAUGAGUCACAUACAGUUUUCAACACCACUGGACAAACAAAAUACGAUCGCGUUACAAAAGCGCGCCGAAGCUGUGUGCGUACAAAAUGCCUACAAACAUUACGGCUCAAACAAACGACCCAACCAUGUGCUCAGUAAACUCAACAUGACAGUUAAAAAGGGUACCAUCUAUGGCCUAUUGGGGGCUUCAGGUUGCGGCAAGACUACACUUCUCUCCUGUAUCGUGGGGCGGCGGAAACUUAACAGUGGGGACAUUUGGGUGUUGGGAGGGAAACCGGGGACCAAAGGUUCUGGAGUACCCGGCAAGCGCGUGGGCUACAUGCCUCAAGAAAUUGCGUUAUACGGCGAGUUCACAAUAAGAGAAACAAUGAUGUACUUUGGCUGGAUCUUCGGUAUGGAGACCAGGGAGAUUGGGGAGCGGCUGCGGUUCCUCCUCGACUUCCUGGAUCUGCCCAGCGAAAACCGUAUGGUGAAGAAUUUGAGUGGUGGCCAACAGCGUCGAGUCUCCUUCGCAGUGGCUCUCAUGCACGACCCUGAGCUGCUCAUCCUGGACGAGCCAACAGUGGGCGUGGACCCACUACUGCGACAGUCCAUCUGGACACACCUGGUGCGCAUCACCAGCUCUGGUGAUAAGACUGUGAUCAUCACCACACAUUAUAUUGAAGAGGCCCGGCAGGCGCAUUGUAUUGGUUUGAUGCGUAGUGGCCGACUGUUAGCAGAAGACACACCUCAAGCCUUGCUCACUAUGUACAACUGUAUAUCUUUAGAAGACGUCUUCCUCAAGCUAUCAAGGAAACAAGGUCAAGGCAACCAAGUGGUAGAAUUAAACGUAUCCGGCGGAGCCCUAGGGCUCAACAAAAUGUCGAAACGUGAAGAGGCGCCCUACGCGAAUGAAGAUGGGCAAGUGAUUGGUCUGAAUUUCCAUCAGAGCAAGGAGGUGCUUAUUGUGGAUAAUGGAGUUGGUUCUAAUGGCGAUCUCCCGGGUAAAAUGUCGGAAGUUGCUUCAGAGUGCACUGAUUGCAGCGGUCGAUUUAAUUUCACAUCCCGCGGCAAAAUAAAAGCUCUAAUCCAAAAGAAUUUCCUUCGAAUGUGGAGAAACAUCGGCGUCAUGUUGUUUAUCUUCGCUUUACCCGUGAUGCAAGUUAUAUUGUUCUGUCUGGCGAUUGGAAGAGAUCCUAGUGGGCUGAAAUUGGCGAUAGUAAACCACGACGUAAACGUGUUCGACGGCUAUUGUCCAUACAAUUCUUCUUGUUCCAUGAAGAACCUUUCCUGCAGAUAUUUGGACAAUUUAAAAAAUGGCUCCAUUAUAAAGAAUUAUUACGCACAGUUGGAAGACGCGAAACAAGCCGUGAGACAGGGGGAAGCGUGGGGAGUUAUUUAUUUUAACGAGAAUUAUACGGAUUCGCUUGUUGCUAGAUUGGCUUUGGGUGACACAGCAGACAACGAGACUAUAAUGUCUUCAGAAAUCGAAGUAUGGCUCGACAUGUCCAACCAACAGAUUGGUCUCAUGCUCAGUAGAGAUAUACAGUUUUCUUACAGGGAUUUCGCUAAGGGUUUACUAUCAACAUGUAACUACAACCCGAAAGUGGGAGACAUUCCCAUAGACUUCAAGGACCCGAUCUAUGGAGACAACAAUCCGUCCUUCACUGAUUUCGUCGCGCCUGGUGUUAUUCUUACGAUCGUAUUCUUCUUAGCGGUAGCGUUAACCUCAUCAGCGCUUAUAGUAGAACGAACAGAAGGUUUAUUAGACCGUUCCUGGGUCGCCGGAGUAUCCCCCGGAGAGAUAUUAUUCUCUCACGUGGUCACUCAGUUCGUGGUCAUGUGUGGUCAGACUGCGUUGGUGUUGAUCUUCAUGAUAUUGGUCUUUGGGGUCAAGAGUAACGGAAAUAUUGCGUAUGUCGUCGCUUUGACGCUGUUGCAAGGUCUAUGCGGCAUGUGCUUCGGCUUCGUAAUAUCCGCGGCGUGCGAGCUGGAACGCAAUGCGAUCCAGCUCGCACUGGGCUCGUUUUACCCGACUUUAUUAUUAUCCGGCGUCAUUUGGCCGAUAGAGGGCAUGCCCUGGGCCCUGCGCGGUAUUGCCCUGUGCUUACCGCUUACUUUAGCAACUUCAGCGUUAAGGUCCGUGCUAACACGUGGCUGGCCGUUGUCUGAUCCGGCUGUGUAUAUGGGAUUUGUUGCUACGUUGUCUUGGAUCGCGCUCUUCCUUGUUGUUACGAUCACUAUUUUGAAAUUCAAGAGAGGGUAGGGAAGUUACCCCCCACUGCUCGUGACGUCAUCACAUGUAUUUAUUGCAAUAGCCCUCCGCUUAUAACUUGUUGAAAAUAGCUUCCCGCUCGUGACGUCAUCGUCGUAUUUAUUGCAAUAGCCAUCUGGCAACAAAUAGUUAUCUAACUAUUUGUUGAAAAUGUUAUAAAAUUCUGUAAUAAGUGUGGAUAGGUUACAUUCGAUCUUCGACGCACACUAACGCACAUAUGAAUAUAAUGAGAAGUUCGUAUACAGGGUUACUUGUAAAACACCAGCAACCUCGAAGGACAAGAUAGCUAACAUAAUAAGUAACAACAUUUGUUCUACGACUUUUGAUAAUUUGUUAGAUU